AAGAAAAAUUGCCUUGGUAGAAUCCUUUCUCUGUCUCCUUUCGUCAAAACUCUGCGUUUCAUUGCACCGUCAUUUGACUGUACAACCAUGCUCGGAGCUCAGCGCAUAGCACCUGUCAAGUCCGGUGUCGUGUGGCGAGCUCCGGCUCAGUUGGAGAGUAAUGGAAGAGCCAGAAGAAGCUGGGUUCCAGGACACCGGUCGCCGGUGGCGGGAGCUCGGCCAAUUCGGGCGGUGAUCAGCAGUGAGGACAAGACUGUGGAAGGUGGUGCAAAGGCAGUGGAGAGCAAAGACGGUAAUGUGUUGUUGUCGUCGUCGUCGUCUUCUUCUGCGAAGGGGAUUGAUGUGAGAGCGGUGAUCACAAUAAGGAAGAAGAUGAAGGAGAAAAUCACUGAGAAGAUUGAGGACCAGUGGGAAGGUUUCAUGAAUGGGAUAGGGCAAGGGAUCUCGAUUCAGCUCGUCAGUGAAGAGAUCGAUCCUGUUACCAUGUCAGGGAAGAGUGUGGAGUCUUUUGUACGAGGAUGGUUGCCAAAGCCAUCAAACCUUCCGUAUAUAGUUGAAUAUGCAGCAGACUUCACUGUCCCGUUAGACUUUGGAUCCCCUGGAGCUGUUCUGAUAUCCAAUCUUCAUGGCAAGGAGUUCCACUUAAUGGAGAUUGUUAUUCAUGGCUUUGAUGAAGGACCCAUAUUCUUUCCUGCAAAUUCUUGGAUACAUUCGCGGAAGGAUAAUCCUGAAAGCAGAAUCAUUUUCAGAAAUCAGGCUUAUUUACCAUCACAAACACCACCUGGCCUCAAAGAUCUCCGGCGUGAAGACUUACUGAGUCUCCGUGGCAAUAGAAAAGGGGAGAGAAAGCCACAUGAUAGAAUCUAUGAUUACGCUCCUUAUAAUGACUUGGGGAAUCCUGACAAGAGCGAGGAUCUCGCUAGGCCUGUGCUAGCUGGUGAGGAAAGGCCAUAUCCCAGGCGCUGUAGAACUGGACGACCUCCAACCAGAACAGAUCCAUUGUGUGAGAGUAGAGUAGAAAAGCCCCAUCCUGUGUAUGUACCUCGGGAUGAAACUUUUGAGGAGAUUAAACAGAACACUUUCUCUGCUGGAAGGUUGAAAGCUCUGCUCCACAAUCUGAUACCAUCUAUCGCUGCUACAUUGUCAAGUUCAGACAUUCCCUUCAAGUGUUUUUCCGAUAUUGACAAGCUAUAUAAUGAUGGUGUUCUCCUGAAGGAUGAAGAAGAUCAAAAAAUGUCUGGAAAUGUGUUCCCCUCCAAUAUGAUGAAACAAGUAUUGAGUGUUGGCCAAAAGUUGUUGAAGUAUGAAGUACCAGCUAUUAUCUCAAGGGAUAGAUUUGCAUGGUUGCGGGAUAAUGAGUUUGCACGCCAAACUUUGGCUGGGGUCAACCCAGUGAAUAUCGAGAUUCUGAAGGGAUUUCCAAUUGUAAGCAAACUAGAUCCUGCAGUUUAUGGCCCUCCGGAGUCGGCAAUCACAAAAGAAUUGAUACAGCAAGAACUGAGUGGAAUAACUGUUGAAGAGGCUAUUGAGGACAAGAGAUUGUUUAUACUUGAUUACCACGAUAUACUUUUACCAUUUAUUGGGAAGAUGAACACCUUACCAGAGAGGCAAGCAUAUGCGUCUAGAACGGUUUUCUUCUAUACACGGACCGGCUUUUUGAGGCCAAUUGCUAUUGAGCUCUCACUUCCUCCAACACCUUCUUCACCUGGUAAGAAGCGUGUUUACACCCAUGGACAUGAUGCUACAACCCAUUGGAUUUGGAAGCAAGCAAAAGCUCAUGUUUGCUCGAAUGAUGCUGGUGUUCAUCAACUAGUGAAUCACUGGUUGAGGACUCAUGCUUGCAUGGAGCCUUAUAUAAUUGCCACUCAUAGGCAGCUUAGUGCAAUGCACCCCAUUAACAAGCUGCUCCACCCUCAUUUGCGCUACACAUUAGAAAUAAAUGCACUAGCACGACAAAGUUUAAUAAAUGGAGGGGGAAUUAUUGAGGCUUGUUUCAGCCCGGGAAAGUAUGCCAUGGAGCUAAGCUCUGCUGCAUACAAGAGUAUGUGGCAAUUUGACAUGGAGGCACUGCCAGCAGAUUUAAUUCGGAGGGGCAUGGCGGUGGAGGAUCCUUCAAUGCCAUGUGGUGUUAAACUCUUGAUUGAAGACUACCCUUAUGCUGCAGAUGGGCUCCUAAUAUGGUCUGCCAUAAAAGAAUGGGUAGAAUCGUAUGUUGAUCACUUCUAUUCUGAGCCUAACACUGUCACAUCUGAUUUGGAGCUCCAAGCCUGGUGGAACGAGAUCAAAAAUGAGGGUCACUAUGACAAGUGUAAUGAGUCCUGGUGGCCUAAGCUCAACACUAAAGAGGACUUAUCUGGCAUACUUACUACAAUGAUAUGGAUAGCUUCAGGUCAACAUGCUGCAAUAAACUUUGGGCAAUACCCCUUUGGAGGAUAUGUGCCUAACCGUCCUACCCUCAUGAGAAAACUCAUCCCUCAUGAAGAUGAUUCUGCCUAUGAGAAGUUUCUUCUAAACCCACAGUCUACUUUCCUCUCAUCUUUGCCAACGCAACUUCAGGCCACCAAAGUGAUGGCUGUUCAGGACACCCUGUCCACUCACUCCCCAGAUGAAGAGUAUCUGGGUCAAACACACCAUCUGCACAGCCACUGGAUCAAGGAUCCUGAAGUCUUGGACAUGUUCAAGAAGUUCUCUGCUAAACUAGAGGAGAUAGAGGAGAUCAUAAAAGGAAGAAAUAAGAAUAUUCACCUUAAAAACAGAAAUGGUGCCGGCAUCCCUCCAUAUGAACUGCUUCUUCCCUCAUCAGGUCCAGGGGUAACUGGCCGUGGUAUUCCCAACAGCAUUUCUAUCUGAUGGCAUGAGCUGGUUUGUAAGUUCCGUCUUGUUGAUUAUAGAUUUAGUGAUAUUCAGUACAUGCAAAUCACUUUGUUGAACACUUGUAACUAGCAAACAUCAUUUUUACUGAUCAUAAAUGACCCAAUGUUCAUUGGAGUGUGUCAUGGCUACCAUAAGGUUUGGUAUUCAGAUAGAAAAGAUUUAUAAUGAGUUAGGAAUAAGAAACAUGCAAUCUGGAUCAAGAUUAUAUGAUAAGGGCCUGUGGAUUGCAUAUGCAAUUGGUGCAA